UGCAGGACUGAAUGGGUCCCAGAGCCGGUAGCUGCACCUACUCAGUUUCCACCUGAAGCUUAGCAGCUGCCUAACCCAUUGGCCGCUGGGCCACCACGUCCAUGUGGAGGCUCCCAGGUGCCCGCGCCGCUCUUCGUGGGGUCCGCGCGGCCGUGGAGCGGCACUGUCGGGCCGAGACGGCAACUGAGACGGCUGCAGGCGAGAUGGAGCGCGCUGUAGUGCGCUGUGUGCCCUCCGAGCCUAAACUAAGCCUGUCGUUCGCCCUGGCCGACGGCAGCCACAAGAACAUGCAGCGCGACCAAAGUGAGCCGCUGGGUCGAGCCCUCAGCCGGAUUGCCACCAACGCCCUCAAAGGCCACGCUAAAGCGGCUGCCGCCAAAAAGAGCAGGAAGAACCGGCCAAACGCUAGCAGCGGCGUGGCCUGUCCCGGGCCUGGACCCGAGCCGGCUGCGGCCUGCGAGCCCGUGGUGAAGCUGUAUUACCGGGAAGAGGCAGUGGCUGAAGACGUGCUCAAUGUGGACGCCUGGCAGGAUGGUGCUGUGCUGCAGAUCGGCGAUGUCAAGUACAAGGUGGAGCGCAACCCCCCCGCCUUCACCGAGCUGCAGUUGCCACGCUAUAUCAUGGCUGGCUUCCCGGUUUGCCCCAAGCUCAGCCUUGAAUUUGGGGAUCCCGCCUGCUCCCUCUUCCGCUGGUACAGGGAAGCCAAACCUGGGUCAGCGGAGCCUGAAGACGGGGGACCCUCAUCAUUGUCUCCCUCCUCGCCCUCUCCUAUUUGGACGGAAACGGGUGUGGACCAGCGCGUCUACACCCCGUCCAAUGCAGACAUCGGGCUACGGCUCAAGCUUCAUUGCACCCCAGGCAGUGGGCAGCGCUUCGGGCCAAGCCGGGAGUUGGAAAGUGUGUGUCCCGUGGAGGCCGGGCCCGGCACUUGCACCUUUGAUCACCGACAUCUCUAUACUAAGAAGGUGACAGACGACGCUCUCAUCCGCACUGUCUCCUACAACAUCCUCGCUGACACUUACGCCCAAACUGAGUUUUCGCGGACCGUCCUUUAUCCAUACUGUGCCCCCUACGCCCUGGAGCUCGACUACCGCCAGAAUCUUAUCCAGAAAGAACUCACCGGGUACAACGCCGAUCUCAUCUGUUUGCAAGAGGUUGACCGCAGCGUGUUUACAGACAGUUUGGUCCCGGCUCUCGAGGCCUUUGGGCUGGAGGGCGUAUUUCGAAUCAAGCAGCAGGAAGGCCUGGCUACUUUCUACCGAAAGUCCAAGUUCAGCCUCCUUACCCAGCAUGAUAUUUCUUUUCAUGAAGCCCUGGAGUCCGACCCACUUCACAAAGAACUGCUGGAGAAGUUAGUUUUGUAUCCAUCGGCACGGGAGAGGGUGCUCCAGAGAUCUUCUGUCCUUCAGAUUUCUGUUCUUCAGUCUACAAAGGACUCUUCUAAAAAGAUAUGUGUCGCAAAUACCCAUCUCUACUGGCAUCCCAAAGGUGGGUACAUUCGUCUCAUUCAAAUGGCAGUGGCCUUGGCUCACAUUAGACGUGUCUCAUGUGAUCUGUAUCCUGGCAUACCAGUUAUAUUUUGUGGGGACUUUAAUAGUACCCCGUCAACAGGAAUGUAUCAUUUUGUUAUCAAUGGCACCAUUCCAGAGGAUCAUGAAGACUGGGCUUCCAAUGGGGAAGAGGAACGAUGCAACAUGUCUGUUACCCAUUUUCUGAAACUGAAAAGUGCUUGCGGUGAACCUGCUUACACAAAUUAUGUUGGUGGCUUUCAUGGAUGUCUGGAUUACAUUUUCAUUGACUUAAAUGCUUUAGAGGUUGAACAGGUGAUUCCACUACCUAGUCACGAAGAAGUUACCACCCACCAGGCCUUACCUAGUGUUUCCCAUCCCUCUGAUCACAUAGCACUUGUAUGUGAUUUAAAAUGGAAGUAGAUUUGUGUUUAAUGGAAUUUAAGUCUGUUUUAGUAAGGGAAAUUAAAUAUAAAUUAAAAUUUGUGUAUAACCUUCAAAGAGGAAAAUUACACACUAACUUCUUAGUUCUUACCCUUCUGGUUAUGUUCUUCAUUACAUGACUAUUCAUAAUCUUUGCAUUAUAUGGUUUCUGUACCCUUUUUUGCCUACACUUGGAAGAAAAACAAAUAUAAUUACUACUGGCAGGGAACAUUGAAUUAUUGUGCACAUUUUAUAAGUACUUUUUUUUUUAGUCUAGUAAUUAAGAAUUUUGUAAAAAACCAUUUGAGUGAUGCUGUAAUUUUUCUAUCAUAACAUUUAGAAUUGAAUCAUGUUUGUAUAAUUAGGGGUAAAAUGUAUACAAGUCCAGGUGAGAGGCCUAAGUUCCAAAACACGGAAGGAGUAACAUUAGUGUUUACCUCUACCUCAGUUUAGAGCUUUAACAGAGGAUUAAAAUACACUAUCACUGAUUGCUAUUGCUUCUCAUCUUCCAUUUUUCAAUGAACAUUUUUAUUCUUAGGAUUUUAGUUGUCAGUGUAUGUUACAAAUGAACAUACUCAGAUUCUCUUUCUUACUUCAUUUUAACUUUUAGGAUGUAAGCACAAUUUAGUAUUCAGAGUGAAUAAACAACAAAGUCAAUUUGAUCCCUUUAUCUUUACUCUUGCCCAUGAAAAGUGUUCAUAAAUUAACAUGGAAUUUGACCAUGUGAUUUAUGAGAAACUGUCUACUGAUGUGGGCUCUAAAUUUUGAGUGAACUAUUGAGGCUUUCUGUGCUGGAUGUACUUUUAAAAUUGCUGGUUUAUAAAUAGAAAGGGGAGUCGUGGGGCUUUUGAGCAUCUCAGAAAUAAACUAUUCCUUUUGUAAGCUUCAGCAUUAUAGUUUGAGUUACAAGGAAACAUUGUAUAUAUAAGUUAUAUACUGAAAAAGUUUUUUUAAAUAUGAAGCCAAUCAUUUUAAAAUUAGAUAUUAGUUUUACUGCUUAGUGUUUAACCUAGAGUGGUAACCAAGCUUUCUAUCUCAUUUAUCACCAUAUUUAACUUAUAAUGCUUUAGCUAUUGCUUUUUUAAUGUUCGGGAAAACUGUAAUGUUAUCUCAUUUCUGCUUUUAAUUUUUAGCUUAGAUAUUAAAAGGCCAUAUAAUUGAAGAAGA